AAAUAAUUUUAGUACAUAUUGCGUCGGGAUAAUAGCAAUUAAUAAUAAUUAUUAUAAAAAUUAUAAUUAUUAUAAUUUUCUAUAAUUGAGGACGUGAAUCGAAAAACAACUUGUAAACAAAUUUAAAUUAAUUUAAAUUAGUAUAGUCAUGCAAUUUGCACCAUGGAUAUCAAAAAAGGUACAGAAAUUUGUAAUAUUCAAUAUUAAAAAAACUCGUUUUUCAUUAUUUUUUGCACUUUAUCGCUUAUCGCUUAUCAAACUUAAAAUGGCCGUAAAUCAAACUCUGAUAAUCUCCAUAUCCGAGAAAAAAGUUAUCAAUAUUAACCAGAACAGAAAACGUCAAUUUCGUCCAGAGACUUGGAAAGAUAAUGUAGCAAAACGUCGCCGUAAUCGAGGUGAACCUUACGUGUCUCGCAAUAACAUUCCCAGGGCUGGCAAAAAUGCGCCGACAAUGGUUAAAGUUUGCUCUGCUCGAUGCCCACAUAAUGGUUGCGUCCUUCUCACCCUGCCAGAAAAAUUGCAGCUAUUUCAAGAGUAUUAUAAUAUGGGGACUUACGAAUUGCAGAGAACCUAUCUCUUAGGUUUGAUGGAUAACCUAGGCCACAACGGGAAUGGGAACAUAUUCGAAUAUCACAUAAAGAUUGGUGGAAUACGGCGAACGGUUUGCAAGAGGACGUGGCAAGAUACUUUCCAAAUUUCAGAGGCAGUUGUAAAAUCAAUGCAGGAAAAAUGUGAGCGUGGUCACAACAGUGUGUUCGAUGGAAGGGGACGCCAUACAAACCACACAGUUAAUCCAGCCGCCCUUAAUGUCGCAAUUAUGGCGCACAUUAACACAUACCCAAGAUAUGAGCAUCACUAUUGCACUGCAAAGCUUGGACAAUUCUACUUGUCGCCGGACCUAACUUUGGAUGCUAUGUUUGCCGAUUUUGUUAUCAAGCAUCCUAUGAUUGCCGACGCCCACAGAAAGGAACAAGUCUAUAGAAGAUGUUUCCGGGAUAGUAACUUGACCAUUGGACACACGUACACUGAUACUUGCCGAAAAUGUGACAUUCUUGAUGUGGAACUUAAAAUAGCUCGGAGAAAUAAUAACGUGCGUCAGAUUGAUGUGGCGGUGGACGCAAGGCGUGUACAUCUCGAUUUCGCUGCUAUUGCCAGAAAUCAGCUUAUUCAGGACGAAUUGCGAAGCCAGAAUGACCCUGAAUUUGUCAUGAUAUGUGGUGAUAUGCAGAAGGUUCUUACAAGAGAACAUUCUUACAUUGAUUGAUUCAUUCAUUGAUUCUUACAAGAGAACAUUUCGCCCCUGGAUUUUGGACGGAGCACAUAAUAAGACAACCUCAUAUCAGUGGACCAAUUGGUCGUCGCCCGCAUUGGAACGGUCAAUGUUUAGCUCCCUUUGUUCUUGUAGUUAAAUACAAUCAUCCUAUUCCUAUUUCAAGAGAAAAACAUGACGACCUCAUGUCUAUGCUCCCAUUACUUAUGCCAGAGUAUCGCCAAUUUUACAGGAAUUUGCCUCGCGCAUGAGGAAGUUCAAGUAUUUAUAUUUUUUAAGCUUGUCCUUGCGUUACAUACAUCAUUUCCACCUGUUACCUCGUAAAUGUAUGAUUAUUUAAAAAGAUGCGAGUAAACUUUAAACCAUGUUAAAGAAAAGUUAUAAUAA